CCGUCGUGUGCCAGUACGGUUUGGCUUUUUCCCUCGAACUUUGUUCGGGCUUUGAAUCGACGUUCGAAGAGAAGGGGAGCUUGAGUGGCUUUCUUCAUGUUCGCAGAACGAGAAAGAAACACAGCUGUGCGUUUUUCAGCUAUAUUAAACAUGCCGCGACGGUACCCGCGAGUAUUUGUACGUAUACGUAACGUAUGUGUGGUUUAACGCUGCUACAGCCGAGAUUGCUGCGAUUUGGAUGUGGUAAUUAGUGAUUUGUGAUUCUCCGAGUGCUUUUUUUGCUCGCAUUUUUCUCGCGCUCAUACCGACGGCGGCGACCGUUUAUUCGAGUUUUUCCUCGUUUCGCGAUUCGUUGCGGCUUGAUUCGUGUUCGUACGAGUGCAGUUUUUGCGCGGAUUCGACCGAUCGGCUGUGGUGCCCUUCCCCUCCCUCCCUGCUCGUCAGAACUCGCGUCGAGGUUUGCAUAAGUGCCAAAAAAAUUUCAUUGCGAGAGCUCUGCUUUUUUGCUGCGCCGUAAGGUUGGAAACCUUCGUAUCAAACUACGUAUGUUCCUUCAUAUUCGUGAGAGCAAAUGAUUUUUAAAGUGAGAGAAGAAACGAAGAACCAUUGUGAUCGGUACAGCUACUUCGAUCGGAGUAUUUGGAUUGGUGGUGGUGGUUGACCCUGCUGCUGUCUGCUUCAUCCAUCAUCAACGUCAACAUCAACAUCAGCGCCAUCGCAUUACCUACUCGAUACUCGACUCGCUGUACCCACAUCUGCGUACGUUACGUAAUAAUAUCAUCUAGCAAACGUACUAGUACAUUUAAUACCGUCACGUCGUCGUAAAGAUAGUGAAGAGAAGAGUACAGCUACGGCUACAGGAUGUCGUCGUAUCCGCCAUCUAUGGUUCAUAAAUCCGGCAAUAGGCUUGUAGUACGCAGCGUAGUCAGCGGCGAUAAACUGUUCGGUACGUCGGAGGAGACCGAAGACGAAACGUCCAUCGGUAACGGCGAAGUGACGAUUAAACGCGCCGGCGCUGGCGUCGUCACCGCUGACGAAGCUCUGUCGCCAGAAUGCAGCGUCGUCGUCGACCAAGACGAAGAAUUGCCGCAAUGCAAGGUGAAACGUAACUACGCCUGUUCGUCUUGCAGCUAUUACACGCAGAACCCGCGAUACUAUUUGCAUCAUUUGAAAAACGUACAUAAGGAAAAAAUACGUAUCUACGAAUGUCCGCACUGUUUGUACGCUUCGAAACACAGUCAAAAGCUGCAAAGGCAUAUACACAUGGUCCAUGUAAUGGGCAAACGUAAAAUGCUAAUUAAAGCCAAAAGCUCGCCAAACAGAAAGAACCCUUCAACCGGCGGCGGUAUUGGUAAAACCAGCGCUAUGGUCGCGAUGCCAGAGCUGACCGCUACUUUGCUUAGUAUGUCCCGAGAGGACGAUAAAAAACCCUGCGAACCGGUCCACCGCCAGCUGCCGGAUGACGACGAUCUGACUUCAUCGUCGGCCGCAGCAACGGUGACCGCGAUCGCCGAUGAAACCGAAAUGAGCGGCGGAGGCGACGACGGCGGUGAUUUCAGCGCCGGUUCUAUUACUCCUGUUGCCGAAAUCCGAGAAGAAAUUACCAACGAGUCGCCGUCGUUCGCCUCCGGCGCCGGUGCCGCCGACGUACCAUUGAAGUGUUCGCUAUGCCCGUUCUCUAGUCGUAAUCCGAAUCUAGUCACACGUCACGAACGUCUAGUCCAUCUGAAAAAGAAAUUCUACCGGUGUACGAAAUGCGACUACAUUACCCACAUGAAAGCUCGAUUCACCAAACACGUGAAAUACCAUUCGAUGCCGAUGAUCAAAUGCGACAUGUGCGAUUUUCGUACGCCCUACAAAUGGAACCUAGACCGCCAUAAUAAGAAUCAUUUCGCCAACGGCGCCUUCAAAUGUUCCCAAUGUAACUUCACCGCCGAUAUCAAGCAGAGCUUGACCGUGCACGAGAUGAACCACCACGUGCCGCCGGUCAAUCAAAACGGCGCAGCCGGAAUGACCAUACCGACGCCGGCGAAACGACGUUGCCGCGUCGGCGCUUCCGAUAUUAUCGCCAAACAGCAAGAAAAUGCUGCCAACAGCAUCGAUCCGGAUCUAGACGAUCUCGAAUUACUCAGAAUGGAAAGAGAAAGUUUACCAAAUGCUGAUACCGCGAACGCGAAUACCAAUGGCAAUGCGAACGCGAUCAACGUCGAUACUUCCGCCGAUGCACUAGUCGACGAACCUGCUGCCGCACAGAUGGCCGCUGUCGAAAUCACAAUGGUGAAGCCGAACGUGCCCAGCGGUGCAAGAUCCGUGAAUCUGAAUUCUAAAAAUCCGACUGCAGCUGCCUAUCUGAACGGCACGCUGAAGCCGGAAGACGUGAUAUUGACGAAAAAUGGAAGCGUUUACGUGAAAAAAUUCAAAUGCCGGGUAUGCCACUACAAGGCAGCCUGGGAAAGCGAAAUGAUCCGACACGAAGUUCGCGUCCACGGUUUAGAAGCCCCGUCCAAAAAGAAAUCGCUCCCUAGACCGAUCCCUAACCUGAUACCGAUUCAAGGAGGUGGCAACGGUGGCGGUAAAAAUACAUCAAACGACAACAGUCCAGCCAAGUCGAUUCUGGACGAGUUCACCGGGCCUUUGACCGAAAAUGACUUGAACGAUAUGUGCGUCAAAUCGUGCGCUAACAGCUCGCUAAGUGAUUUCGUCUCGUUGAUCGGAGCGGAUGAAAUUAAAACCGAAAGAUUGAAAGAUCUCAUGACCAUGUUCUCGUCAGCCAACGAAGCGAAAGAGUCCAAGAAUAAGGAUAGAGCUACGCCCGAUUCGAAGAGAUCGAAUGCCGAUUCGUCCAGCGAUACCAGUCCCAGCGAUCCUGCCAAAAAGUUACCAGACUCGUUUAAAAAGAAAAACGCCACGUUCUUCGAUCGACUCAAAGAGAAAUUAAUGGUGGGCGCUGGCGAAAAUGGUAAUCUAGUUUGCUGGUGCGGUCAUAAAUCCAAGUGUUUAUCCGAAUCGCUCAUGCAUCAGAAGCAGCAUAGCGAGAAUAACGAGAAAAACGAAAAAUCCACUACGAACGGACCGGUUAUCAGCGGAGCCGAGCUGUCAUCGACGAGAUGUCAACACUGCAGGCAACGUUGCAAAACCAGUAGUGAUCUGUACGUUCAUUUGCAAUCGUGUCCGGAAGUUUUGAAAAAAGGAUCAGGAGCUGGUCAAGCAAACGGUACUGUAACCCUUCACGCGAUCGAAUCUGAAGAUGUAGAAGACGACUGCGAUAUGGAAGCCUUCGCCGACGAAAACGAAGAAGAGUUUGUCGAAACUUCAGAGCCGGAAAUCAAAGAAGAGAGUAAAGUCUUCGUAUGGAAUAAUUUCUCCGAAGAAAAAGAGGAUUUUGGGGACGAGUUCGCGGACGAGGAAAACCGCAGUAAAUCUCCAGCUAGCGAAGCGAGUCUAGUCGGAUACGAAAUAGCUCCUGGGAUCGGUUCAGUGAUGCCGAAUAACAACGAAGACAGCAACGAUCGGUAUAAAAAUGUUAACGCAUCGUCUGACGUCACCAAUCCGGACAUAGCUGUCAAAAAAUAUUCUCGUGCUCAGGUGUUCAAAUGCCCCGAAUGUACGUUUUGGGCUUCGACCGCGUCCAGAUUCCACGUGCACAUCGUCAGCCAUCUGAACGUAAAACCGUUCGGAUGUUCGGUAUGCCCGUACCAGUCGAAAUGGAAAUGGGACGUGACCAAGCAUAUACGUCUAAAAAAAGAACGCGACGCGACCCACGAGCACGCCGAAAUGCGUACCAUCGACGUGGAAACGGGCCGGCGAAAUUACACGAAAUACAACAAAUUUCUGACGUUUAUGCGCGUCCACCACGAGCCGGAUUCCGAUACUAGUAAAUUAUCUUCGCCAAAACCUCAAUCUCCUGUUCCCAUCUUACCGAAAUUAACUCCUGCUCCUUGCGUAGAUGGCGACGCUUCCAGUAAAACUACCUCCGACGUUUCUAUUCGUCCGUUACCUCAACUCCAUCCUGCUAAUCCGAACGUCUCGUUGAAGCGUAUUCACGAGGCCGGCGACGAUUCCGAUAUACCAAAGAAAAAAACUCCCUCAGAGAAGAAAAUGUGGAAAUGCAAGAAAUGCAAAUUUAGAAAUACCAAUCGUAACGUCGUCUUGGCUCAUGUCAAAGAACAUUACACCGCUGGUGGAAACGCGCAGAAUGCAAAUGAAUCCAACGUAGCGUCGUACUCUCAGGAGGCUCGAAAUCAAACCGAAGGUCAUAACGUAAAUCAAUCGUCGUCGCAUCUUAUUUCAUCCGGUGAUCCGGCCAGUCAAAAUUCGAGAGAAGGUAAUUAUAAAUGUAAACACUGCGUGUUCGAAACAGAUUGCCCGAGUACUUUUGUGCAGCAUAAUCGACAUCAUGAACAUAAUCCUAGUGCUCAUUACAAAUGCUGUUUUUGUCCGUUCUACGCCAAUGAUAAGUUGUUCAUGUUGAAUCAUAUCAAAAUACACGGUGUUAAAAACGUGGAAGAGUCGUUACCUUUGAUUACCCAUAAUGUGCCCGAAGAAAACGAAAACGAUAAGUUGGAAAAUGGUAUCGAAGAAAGCGAUUUCAACGAACCGAUUGAUUCAGGAGCUUUCAAUGGCUCUAUGGUCUCGACAGGAGGAGAUGAGCCAAUGGAGGUAUUCAAACGAUUCAAGUGUACGAGUUGUCCUUACGUUACGAACAACAAAAGUCAAUACCUGUACCACCGACAAUUCCAUCGGUUACGCGGGGCACCGUUCAAAUGCAACGUUUGCACCUACAACGUGACUAAACGCCAUCUGCUGCAUCAGCAUUUGAAAAUCCACGGCAUCAAACGAGCUCAGUUCAAGAACUGCAUCAACGACGCCGUCGAAAAAGAGACAACCGACGGCAGCGCUGGCGCCGGACUCAAGCUGAAUACCGAUAUCGAUACGACUCGGUUACCAGAUAUACCUUUAGUAUGGGUAUUCAAGAGUGGCUCGUUAACGAAGAUGUUCAAAUGUAGACAUUGUCCUCACGUCAAUCUACGCAAAUCCAAUAUCCACGAACACGAGAAAAUGCACUUCGAUCGUAUCCAAAGGUCGCCGAAUGGUAGCGUGAACCCGAACUCGUCAGUUCAUCGAUGCACCGAGUGCAACUACGUUUGUAAUAACGCCGGAGCGCUAGCGUCGCAUUUCAAAGUCCAUCAAGGCGCUUUCGGGCAGAUUUGCGCUUUAGCCGAUCCUCGACGUAGCGACGAAUCGCAAUGCAAAGAGAUUACCAAACUAAUCAAGGAAGACGAACGGUUCCAGAAGAAGGCUGCUGCGUCACCGAGAGACCAGCCGGAUGAUCUGAAGCGUAGAUUAUCGGCGGUAGCUGCCUCGAUCGAGAUAGCGUCGCCGGCUCGAGCUCACGAAACGGUCGAUGCGACGAUCACGACUUUCGAAUCAGCGUUACCGGAACAGCGUUCGAAUCCUAUGCCAGAUGAGAAAAAAGUGCUACAUUUUUGCAACGUGUGUCCGGCCAGAUUCUUGUAUUUGAACGAACUCGAUUCGCAUUCGCGUUUCCAUAGCGCUCAUCACGCUUUCAAGUGUAACUCGUGCACGUAUAGCGCUCCCCAACAGCCUCAUUUAUCUGCCCAUAGACGCGUUCACUCGCAAGAGUAUUCCGAUAAAACCAACCAGUUAUGUAUGACAUACGAGACGUCCAAGGAUUACGCCAGACCGAAGACCACGUUUAUCCCAGAUAAACCCGGAUUCCCCGGAUUAGGCUGGAUCGUGAUGCUGGCCAGUCAUAAAAAAGAUGACAGCGGUUCGACUAAACCGAAAGCGAUGACUAAACAGUACUCUUGCCACAAAUGCCCGGCUCAGUUCUUCAAAAGCGUCGCUCUGCAGCACCAUCUUACCCUGCAUGGUGGCAAAGACCCGUACCAGUGCCGUAGCUGCGACUAUCGUGUCAAAACGUACGGUAACUUGAUCAAGCACGAAGCCGUCCAUGGUCUGGAACCGCGUAUGAAAGCGAAAGCCUUGAAGAGUAAGAAACAAAGCGGCAACGUCUCGAUUCCAUGCUCCGGUACCGAACUAUUCCAACAUCGAACCGAGCAAAUCGCCAAAGAACAAACCACACCCGCUGGUCCGGUCACGACAACGGUUGCAGCUUCGUCCUCGCUAUCGGUAGAUCCGGAAUUCGGUAUACUGAUGCACGGAUCUCCCGAGUUCGUCUACCCUACGACAUUGAAAAACGGUAAAAUGAAGGAUAAACGGUAUAAAUGUCAUAAAUGUCCGUCGGCUUUCGAGAAAAGAGAACAGUACAAGGUGCAUUUGCAGCUGCACGGAGCUAAAUUCAAAUACAAGUGCGAGAAAUGCGACUACGCCGUGAAAUACUACGCUAAUUACGCUCAGCAUAUGCGUAAACACGACUACAACGAGAAAAGAUUAUCCGAACGAAGAGCCAGUAUCGUUUCUAAGGCGUCGGAAGAGUCGGGAACCGAUUCACCAAUGGAUAUCGCAGUAGGCGCGGUCGGAUUAGUCAACGGGUCUGCCGCAGCUACCGCUAAUGAUAGACUAGCUUAUGGCAACGAGAAGAAAGAUAUCAACGAUGGGGAUGCUCGAGUGUGUAACGGUAAAGCCUCCAAAACGUUGCAUAUCUCUAUAGCCGAUCAACAAGCCGUCGUGCUGAUGCAGCAGAAAAUCACCGAUAACGUCAAUUUAGCCGAUCAGCUGCAUAGGUGUUAUUAUUGCCCGUACAGUCAUCAGAGGAAAGACGCUGUCGAGAAUCACGAAAGGUGCCAUUUCAAUAACAAGGGAUCGUACGUUUGCGAAUUUUGCAAUUACACGGUGCCCCAGCCCCAUUUCCUGCGAGAACAUCAGAAGCUGCAUUUCGGUAGCAUGAAGGGUAUCAAAGCCGAAGCGUUCAUGAAGUGCGAUAGAUUAGAGAUCUGGAUGGAAACGGAAGAAGGAAAGGUACUCAUCUUCAAAGACAACGGUAGCGCCGCCAAAGACGAGAGUCGUUUCGAGCCAAACCUGUCGAUAAACGAGGAAGAUUCCGAGUACAAAAAGAUGUACGUAGACGUUAAAACCGGCGAAGAAUUCACUCCUAAAAAACAAUCUCCAAAUCCCGACGAACUCCUCGACUCGUGCUCCGAUAAAGACAAAAUCCUUCCUAAACCGUUCAAUUUAUCCGAAGUAGGUGUAAAAUUAUCCGAAUCCUCGUCCUCCUCUUCCUCAAUGUCAUCCUCGUAUUCUUCGCCGAAUCACGUCAAAGAUGAAGAAGAAGACGACGAAGAAGAGAUCAUCGACGACGAGAUGUUCGACGAGGUGAAAAAAGAGCCCGAAAAUUACGAAGAGAUGCUACAAGACGACGAGGUUAUCGACGACGAAGUAGACGCCGCCGACGAAGACGUUUCCAAACGAUACGUGGUCUUUGAUGAAGAUGACAGUUUAGCCGAUAUCGAAGAGAGCAGCAUCAUGGCCGAGCCGGGCGUGGGCGGUAUCAAAGAGGAAGAGGAAAGCUACCUAGAUGCGGAGGCAGACGCAGACGCAGACGCGGACCCGGACCCGGACGACGAGAAUACCGAAGUAGGUUUAACUUCCGAUUUAGAGUACAACGAUACAGAUAUGGAUACGGAAACUGAGAACACAAAUAUGGAAAAUAGUCAUAUAGAUAAAUGCGCAGAUACGCAAGAGAAUCCGGCUCAAACUAAAGAAGAAGAAGAAGAAGCGACUAGGCAGAAUGCGCUGGUACCCGAAGAAGAGGCCGAGUUUAGUACAGCAGCGGGGGACGAUGAGACGCGGCUGAGCGGCGAAGAUAGCGAUUCCGAGGAUUCUGAUUCGUCUUCUUCGUCGUCCUGUUCGUCGUCGUCGUCGUCCAGCUCAUCCAAGUCAUCCAAAGAAGCUACGACUACGAAUCCAACAUCCAACACCUCCACCGAUGAUGAAGACAGUAAAGGAGAUGUUAUCAAAAAGUCAUAAAUUAAUUCUAACUAUGAAGACUGAUCUUAACUAUGUCGUUCUUUUAAAUGAUAUCCUAAAUUAUAAACGACCUUUUCCUUUUUAUUAUUAUUAUUAUUACUAUAUGUACGUGUGUAAUGUAUAAUUAUUUCCCCCCUGUUUUGACGGUUUUUUUAAAAAUGAAAAUCUUCAUCGUUCGAAUUUAUAUUACUAGGACGACGAAUCGUGUAAUUUUGAACGAAAUUUAGUGACGUUUGAUCCUUUUUUUUCUUGCUUUCGUUCUCAGACUAAAAAUUCGUUCGUCGAAUUAUUAUUUGUAAAAAUUUAUAUUUUAUUAUUGAUUUGAAUUAACGAGUACGUGCUCGUCGUGUGUAGUAAAAUGAACUGAAAUUUUCAACUUGUUCUCGAACCAAAAUUUUCUAGCUAAUUUUAUUCAUUUUUUAUUGUACAAAGUUAACCAAUCGCGAUAUUAUAUUGUAUGUACGUAUUUUUUUUUCUUCGUUAUUAGUUAGUUCCUAAGAAAUUGUCUAUUUGCCAGUUCUUUUCUUUUUAUGCCGUUACCUUUUGUUUUGUAUAAGUUCUGCGAAUACUCUCGUUCUAUUUUGUAUAAAAGGUACAUAUCUCUUGGACCUUCUAAAUUCGGUUUUUAUCACCUCCAACAUUCCAGAAUAUUGUCAUCUUGAAAAAUAUUCGCAUUGAACAUGUUUCGCAUGUAAAAAAAUUGUAUCAACGCGGUGGUUUUCUGUUCAUUUUGUUUAUUAGCGUUUUCGUUCGUUUUUAAGAAUGGGAUUUUGAGUUUUUAAGGAUGUUUGUUUUCGUAGCCUUCUAAAUUAGAGUUUUGGAUGUAGUGUUUCCUUUUUGGGAAAAUUGAACCAAUUUUAAUGGAAAUUGGGGUAAAAUUGGGUAGGAUCUGCCUACGUAGUCACAUUGUGAAUAAAUCAAAACUUCAAAUGGUAAGGCUACGAUGAAUAAUCUUUUUUUUUAUUUUCAGUUGUAUAACCUUCGAAUGUGUUUAAUUUAUGAGUUAUUUGUGGAAAUUCAAUUCGCAAUUGUAUUGUUUUAUAAUUUUUAAUAUUGUUUGGUAAAUUAUUUAUUAGUUAUGUUUUUUAUUUUACGUUCUUUUCCUUAUUCGAACUUUCAAAGUAAAUUAUCACGAUGGAAGAUUUA